AGCAAUGCUGUGAGUACACUCCAGCGAACAGACUUCCUUGGCACACCAGAAAGUGGCAACGCCCGCCUGACAAAUCUCCAAGAGCCACCUACUCUUAGCCCCGACCCUCACGCCCAUUGGAUAACAUAGCAAGCAUGUCCCUAUUGUAUUGGCUGUUUACCCCUUUAUAUAUGGCUGUACUUCCCCAAUAAACUUAGAUCUGUGUCUCUGAACCUGGUCUCCAGAGUCAUGCAUGCAGGACGCCCCAGCGCAUUGGACUCCAUCGUCCUCACCCCCGAGGGACCCCCUGUCUCAUCUGGCGCUUGAGGGUUUGCUUGUAUUUUUCCAGAAGGAGAGAAAAAUCCCGCGUGGAUUCCUGCCUGUAACAUCAAACCCUGCCCCACCAGCGAUGAGCCGUAGACCACCAUCACCAUCACCCCCCGUAGAGGAAAUAGAGGCCCUGCCAUAGAGGACAACCAGCCCCGGCAGUGGCGGAGAUGACCAAGACACCGAUGGGCCUACAACAUUACCUGGGGUAGGAUUUAUGCGGGCCCAAUGCAUGUAUUGAUCAAAGAGCCUUCACCGGACUAAAAGGGAUCCGCCUGCAUAAUGGCACCUGGAAAAAGCCAAGAAGUAGAUGGGACAACAACAUCGCAGUCAACCCCAAAGCCACUCAUAGUUUUAGUUACUGGCCCUGUGUGAGACCCCCCUUCUUCUUCUUACAAAGCAAUUAUAACGCUUUUGCUUGUACCCAGCAAUCUUGUAUACUAUCUAAUUGCUGGAAUCCAAACCAUGCCUACGUUCUAGCCAUGCACACCCCCUCGCUACUUUGGGUUCCAGUAGAAGUCAACGACUGGGACAGGCUGGAUUAACUAAUAAUCCAUAAGGAAUUCCAGAAAAUAGAAAAAAGAGCUGUAGGACUAGUAAUAUUAAUAAUCUCUUCCAUAAUAGCUGCUAUAGCAGGUAUGGCCACAGGAAUCACUUCCCUAGCCCAGGAGGGAUUACCAGCUCAGAGUCUAAACUCCUUAUCAGAGGUCAUGGCCCAAGCCUUUGCUACACAAGCAACAAUAAACCAGCAGGUAUGGGGGGCGUUAUUCAAUUUACAACAACAAAUAGAUUUAAUCCAAGAAGACCUCGAUAAUUUAUGGCAAGUAUCACACACCCAAUGUGAUAUAAGAUACGCUGCCAUCUGUGUAAUGCCCAUCCCAGUGAGAAAUGCCUCCUGGGAGCGCAAAAAAUUAGCAAAUCUCCUUAAAGGUCCAUUCAGCCAGGCAUUCCUAAACAGCACCUAUCAGCUCCAGCGAGAAAUCCUAAAAAUCAACAAUACCAGAGUGAAACCUGUUGAGUUUAGUUUCUUAAGUGAUGCCCUCAGCCGUCUAACCUCCUGGUUAAAUCCUGAUAACAUAUUCAUAUGGGCCGUUCUAGCCACAGGAAGCCUCCUUGCAUUUACCUUGUUUCACUGCUUUUACUCCAUGAUCCAAAGAAUAGAUGCACAGCAAGCUAUGAUUGUCCACAUCCAGCAGGGUCUUAUAAAAAGGGAAACGGGGAGAUGUGGGAAGAGCUCAGGAGAUCUAUCUCAGUGCUGUGGCCGAAGCAAUGCUGUGAGUACACUCCAGCGAACAGACUUCCUUGGCACACCAGAAAGUGGCAACACCCGCCUGACAAAUCUCCAAGAGCCACCUACUCUUAGCCCCGACCCUCACGCCCAUUGGAUAACAUAGCAAGCGUGUCCCUAUUGUAUUGGCUGCUUACCCCUUUAUAUAUGGCUGUAAUUCCCCAAUAAACU